UUCGUAGUUCACGGUUUUAAUUGUACCUACCAUCGAUAUGAUCGAGUCGUGGCAUCUAUCAGAGCCCAUUAGAAACAUUAUACUACAGUGAAAAAGAAAAAAUACCGAUACCAGUAGAGAAACAUACAAGUAACCUGACAGACAUGUAAACAUUGAAGAAGCUUUAAAAUAAAAAGAAGCAUAUGAUUAAAAAUAAACGAGAAGAAAAAUAAUAGAAAAAGAGGUUUUUCUAAAGAAGAUUUCCAACGAUUUAAGGUACAUCAAAUUAAUGCAACAAAAUGAUGAAACAAGAAAAUGUUCAGGUACAGAAUGUACCAAUUAUUCCUUAUCAAAUAGAUUCCUCAAUUGCUAUAAGAAUAGCUAUGGGAGCAAAAAUGAUCCACGAAAGGGCACUCAUGGCUCGGGCUGAUAUAUGGCAUAAAAUCAGAGUCAUUAGAGGCUUCCAGUAUGACAAGGAGACAGUCUUGAAGGCUAUUUUGAAGGCAAUAGAACCAAUCGAUUUGAUACCAGUGAAGUAUCAAGUUUGCGGAGAGGAUGCCUAUUUCAUAGCAAGAAAUUGUGGUCCUGCUCUUGAGAAGCUGUGCAAAACAAAUCUGAUUAUUAAGAAUGUCAAGGGUGAUGCUAUCAUCCUUGUGGUAACUUUAGGAUAUGCCUCGAUCAAUGAUUUAAGAAUACACAUACAACCUAUACUACUGACUGCGCUAACUAAGAGAUACGAUCCAAAUCAGAAGACUUUAAAUUUGGAAAAUUUUCAUCUGGAUCCUGAUAUAGACAAGACUGUCUAUUGCCCAUUGUCUCAGCUCAGGACUUCUAAUCACGUCUUAAAGAUGGCGAAAACUCAUAUAACUACUAUCGAACACCUGAAUCUACAACGCAACGAGUUGUUCAACAUAUCAGCGAUAGAGAAUUCAAGUUUAACAUCCAUCAAAUACCUAGAUCUGAGGCAUAAUAGUUUAUUGAAUAUGGAUGCGCUAACUCCUCUUAAGACUCUGGAGAGACUCACCAAGCUUUGGCUGGAUGGAAAUCCGCUUUGUGAAAAUUAUUCAACCGCAAACCAGUAUGUCGAAUCUGCAAAAAAAUAUUGCCCGCAUUUGCAAGAGCUGGAUGGUGUGUCCAUCGUGCCAAAUAUGCCCCUAAUGUACAGAGACUACUUUCAGGACGAAAGGACGCAGCGUCUCGUAUAUAAAUUCACUUACCACUUCUUCAAUCUACACGAUCAGCUAGACAGGACAUGUUUACGAGGACUUUAUCACAAGGACGCGUUUUAUUCCAUGAGCUGUGCGAUUCCCAAUUCCGUGGCGCAAAAAACUGGCCUCAAUCUUUACACAGGCAACAGGAAUCUUUUAAAGAAAGGCGCAAAGAAAAAUACGUUCCUUUAUCACACUCAGGAGGACAUUCUGGUAGCUCUGAGCAAAUUGCCCAGGUCCUAUCACGACAGGGGUUCCUUUACAUACGACGUCAUGUACGACGACGACAAAUGCAUCGUGUUCUGCGUCUCGGGUCUAUUUAAAAAGCUAAGCUCCGGCACCAACGUACUAUCGUUCUCCAGGACGUUCGUUCUGUCAGCUUCCCUGGACAACGAAUAUCAUAUUUUAAACGAUCAAUAUCAUAUAUACGCAGCACCAGAGAAUGUGACUCCUGACAAGAUAGUGGUGAAGUAUACAUAUGAUGAGAUCGUGCCGGUUUGCUUCAGCCCGAGCGAAAAGUCGGUGCUAGUCGCCAGAAUGAAGCAGAUCACCAGGAUGAAUAACGAGUCGUGCGAGUCGUAUCUGUCGGAGGCCCAGUGGGAUAUGCGAAAGGCAGUAUCAAGUUUUAUGAAAGAUCUGAAAAGCUCGUCGAUAUCAGACAAUGCGUUCAUUACUAAAUAGAUUCUUUCUGAACGCAUAAUAAUAUUUAACUUUCUGUAAAAAGAUUUCUAUAAAAAUGUCUAUAUUUUUCUGUAUAUUCUACAUAUUUCUGUGAAUUUUUGAAGAGCUUUUGGAAUAGAGGAUUUUUUUUUCCAUGA